GCCAGACAUCAAACAGAAAUCGCUUGCCGAACCAGAAGUCCGAGAGAGAAUUUAGGGGGAACUAAAGCCUGAGGGAAUUUAUACUGGAUUUAUUCUUUUCGUCUCAUUGCGAUUCUUCCCUUCCUUUUGGACAGUAUUUGAGCAAAAAAUAAUUUCGCAGAUCAGUAAAUGGGGAUUGUCUCUGUGUGCGUCUGCGUGGAUGCCUUUUUUCUGAUGUAUUUGAGUCUAUACUUUCGGUCAGAAUUCAAUUAUGAAGCGAAAAUUCAACGUUACUGAGCAGAAAGGAUGUCCAGGAAGCAACCCACCGGAAGGCGCUGUUGUGGCUAUACCCGUAUGGCGGAGUUCCAGCUGCUGGGCUGGGCUGGAGUCAUGGGAUGUCCUGGUGAUCCUGCCAAGACAAGCUACCUCUGCUUUCGUUUCUGAAUUUCUGGGAUCGACCACCUUUUCUUUCCUUGAACCUGGGAUUCGGUGGUGGUCUAGUUGGCGAACACGUCAGUCGGUGUGUGUUGGUGGUCCGGUGGACCGAUGUGCUCAAGAGCGCGGAACGAUUGCAAGUAGGCAGUUGGGUCUUAUACAUGUACUGCCAUACACUGUGUAUGUAGUGGAAUUUGGAGGACCUGAUAUAUUCUGUUUGCUUUACUUUAGCCCUGGGCAUCCGACCGAGUAGCAAUGAAGUUUCGCAAGUCUGGGCACUACGUCAUGCUUGGCAAGCUUGGAGCCGAAGCUUUCGUUAGCGUUCACAUCCGCGGAGAGGUUUGGGGUGAACCACGACGGCCUGAGCUACAGAAUCAUGCUUUUUAGAGGACAUCUAAAAGUAGCUCGGUGACGAGUUCUUCCAGUCUGCACUGACUAAUUUCUGUGCAAAUCCUGGUUACAGCCACACCAAGCUGGGAGUGAGCUUGGGUCUUUGAUUUUAUGUCAGAAACCUGAUGCAGCUGAAAUAGUCAGCUGGUUAUUGCUGGACCAGCUCCUGCAGGGUGUGAUAGACGUGGACCUGCUGGUUCCUUGAAUGGUGUCAAUAGUGUAGUUUUUUUGGAAUCAGAACUGACUCAAAGCACACCUACGCACGCGCACCGCACUCACCAUGAACUAGUUCAGUUCACACUUACGUCGGGACUGAUUAUUUUGGUCAACCACCCACAAGCAUGGGUGUGAAGUAGUGCCGAUUAAAGAUUCGCUUCGUAAGAUUCCCUGGUUCAUGGCCGGAGCAGAAGCUGCAAUUCACAUAUCCAGCAACUUCCAUGUUGCGUGUGGUGUGCGAGAUAGGGAUUGCUAACGCUGGCGAAGCGCUCCGCUUGUAUGUUGAGCUGUGGGUUUAGGAGGUUUUUAACACAUCUUUGAGCCAACUUGACUAUUCUUGAUGAGAGCCGCUAACCGGCCUAUUCGUGAGCCUAGAUUUCUGAACUCAUGUAGAAUAAUUUCAUCGUGGCACAAUCGAAUGACUGUAAUCCAGAAACCAAGGACGUAGGUUAAGUCGCAAGGGGAUGAGGUGAUCGUUGUGGCGUUGCUUUCAAGAGUUCCGGACAUUUUAUCUUCGGGUACUCUAUGAACAUUUAAAUGGUGGUCAGGAAGAGAAGGAAUCAAGCAAGAACUGAUUACAGUAGCAAAACUAGGUGAGGAUGACUCCUGAUAAAGCGUCAAACAAGCUCUAACUCUUUGUAGUCAAGCUUACGUCAGUUCCACAGUAUUUAGGAAAUUUUGAACUUGAUUGAGAUAUGUCAACCGUGAGUCACUUCUUGAACAGCUAGUCCUUGAAAGUACAAAUCAAUGGAAUCGACAUUGCCAGGACUUCUUCCUUCUCAACAGCCUAGUUCGUCUAUUUUCCAUAAAAGUCAAGUUCAUCUGAGGUCUUGUAAUGGUACCGUGGAGGAUUUGUUUAUUGAAAGCGGGUUGCGGACCUUCGAUGAUAGAAGAGAACAAGAAGUAGGAGUUGACUGAUGCUGAAUUAUUUAGAUUCGUGAAAGUACAGGUAGAUUAGACUUUAUGAGGGGACGUAGUUCCCCCGGGCAAGUUCACCUUACAAUUGAUGUGCCCCGGUUCACGACCAAAAUUCGAGGUGUACUGAAAAGUAGUACUCUCCCCUGUCAGAACGCAAUUGACUUCAACUUUCAGUGACCACUUGAAGUUUCCCGUGCUCGAUCGAGGCUAUGAUAUGGUAAUGGUACAAACCUCGUCGCCAAUUCUGAGUGUCUGUUAGGGCCAUGUGAUCCCCGGAGAAGCUUGCGUUGUGGACAGUCUCGUUGAAAUCUACCAGCAGGAGACAAUAAUGAGCAUCUGGUUAUCUAAAGGAAUUUAUCUGAGGAUAAGGGACAACGUUACGUGAUCAUGGCAGAGAGACUAGCUCUGGAUGAGGAAGGAGGAGACGACACUGGCUCUAACAGAGAGAGCAGCUUCCUGAGUCAAGAUGAGUUCCAAAGAAAAUCUGAACGUAGCGGCCGCGAAGUAGCAUCACCAGUGAACUCCACCGGAAUAGCAGGACUUCAAUUGAACUUUGACUUGGUAACUAUGUCUCCGAAUCCUGCCAUGAAUCCAUUCUUGGUUGAUUCGUCUAGCUACGCAGCUGAGUCUCCAUGGAUGGCGUUGCGGGAGUUAGAACAGCAACGAACCGCGACGUCCCAAUCGCACAGCAGUCACGACGUCGGUGUGCGCCAGGGAUGUGAAUAUGCGAAAGAGAUGGCGAGAACUCCAUCAGACACAAUUUUGCAUGCAGAAUUAGAAACGGACUGGUUUCGUAGUAGCGAUAAUCACUUCGGACCCGAAUGUGCAGCGUCACUUUCGGAAGAUAUUAAAAUAGGUAGCACUCACCCAGGACAUGGUAACAUUCAGGAAGCAGGAAUGCGCCAUGCGCAGGGGGAAGAUAUGGUAGAGAGUAGAAUGGACAGAGAAUCGUCAUCGCCUUUCAUGGCAGUUCAUGAAGCAGAUGGAUCUGCAGCAACACAGCCUAACAAUGUUGAACUAUCUCAAAACUCGUCUUUGUCUUUGUCGGGCUCUGGCGGCGACAGCGACGAGGAGUGGGUCCGAAAUGCGGUUGUCAGCAGUGAAGCUGGUGAGAGAAGUGGAAAGAGAAAAUCUCCGAAUUCUUCAGCAACAGGGGAAUUCAGGGAGGCCGACUUCGACAAGCCGUCGUCGGAUGCCGCUGAGCUCAUGCAAAGUAAAUAUUCAGAAUCAGCAACGCUCAGGAGGAGAAAGAAGAAUGUGAAGACGCUGCGAAAGCCUAUAUAUGCCAUUGAAACUCGCACGGAUGUUGAUAUAAUGGACGAUGGCUUUAAGUGGCGCAAGUACGGCCAGAAAGCUGUCAAAAACAGCCCUUAUCCCAGAAACUACUACCGAUGCACCACCCCGCAAUGUCCAGUGCGGAAGAGAGUGGAGCGCUCAUGCGAAGACUCAGGGCUGGUCAUCACAACAUACGAAGGCACUCACACGCAUCAGACGCCAGGUUUAUUCAGCCAUCCCUCGGCGGCUUCCGGACACGGCUUGCCUGAAAGCAAAAACCCACUUGGCCAUGGAUUUGAACACUUCCAGAUCCCUCGCAGUCCGAGUCUGUUACCCCACCCUACUGAGGUCUCCGCUCUUGCAGUUCUGCAACACAUGAGGAUCAUGCAACAACUCCAGGACAUGUCCCAACAGCAGAUCGCUCCUCCCGAUCCGCUGCUCGCUGGGAGCUUGCAGCAGGAGAGCCUUCUCAGAGCUCAACAGUUUCUGGGCUUAUACGACCACCCCACAGGUGCCAUCGAUAGGGAGUCCUUCCAGUAUCUUCCGCAUGCGAGAGGUUCGGUUAGCCACGCACCUUCACCAUAUCCAAGUAGACCAAGCUUUCAUCCGACCUCUGAAACGAUUCUGGAUCGAAUGCACAUGUUGAUCACACCGCAGCACAUGCGAUCCCGAGGGACCCCUGAGCAAUCCCUUCACCCUGCGACAAUGGAUCUAGAUUAUCAUGGCUAUCAGCACCAGAUGACGAGUUCGCCGUCUCAAUGCGAUGAUCUAGUACGCAGGGUGUUGGAAGCCGAAGAGGAAGGACCAGUCGAUGUCGACGUUCGAGAUGGAAGCUUGUCGAGUGAUGCAAAAUCUGACCCUGCAUCGGCGAGCUCAGAAACAAGGACCGCUACCCAGUCCGAUUUCGUGACCCAACUUCAAACUGAGUUGCGGAACCGAAUGGAGAAAACCUUUCUGCCAUCACCGACGCCGCCGCCGCCGAAGGGAUCAGUGAGACGGCGGUGGAGCAAGACAAUGCGAAACAGGGGUUGCGAGGAGUGACGACUUGGAGAUCGCAUCCACGGUGCUAUCUACAGUCGCAGCCCAGCCAUCUAACCAUUGAAUGUUAAAAAAACAUAAGGCUUGCGGAGCUUGCAGCAGUAGCCAGAGGCCAUGAGGCCAUGAGGCCAUGAGGUAGAAGUGCCCACAACAACAAUGCAUUCCUCGACACAUGAGAAAAUCUUCUCGGUCGUGAAUUCCAAGGCGGCUUUUCCUUCUAGAUUUGGAAAGAACGCAUCUGUGUAUACAGUGUAAUUGGGUCGUUUCCUACAAGAGAUUAUUAAUAUAUACCUUCUGUUGGAAAUCCA